UUGAUCAAUUUCAGUCGGUGUGAAGUUUUUAAAAUAUUUUUUGAAUAAAUAAAUAAUAUUUAUUUAUUUAAAUAAUCAAAAAAUUCAUUCAAAAAAAUCUGUAAAAUGAGUUCUGAUGACAGUAGCGAUGAAGAAUACAAACCACAAGAGGAAGUGUCUGAUUUUUCUAAAGAUUCUGCAACAGAUGAUUCAGAAGAGAUUCAAAUUAAUACAGAAGAACGCCAAAUAAAAAGGAAACGAAAAACACAAAAUGGAACAAUCCAAAAGCGGAAAAUUGUCAACAAAGAUAGUGAAAAAAUCACAAUAGAAGAUAAAAAAGAUGAAGAUGAAAAGGAUAUAACUAAUGCUUUGUGGGCUAGUUUUUUAAGUGAGGCCAACAAUACAAAAACAGGCGAGGAUCACGAAGAAAAAUAUUCUACUACGAAGCAAGAAUUAUCCAAAACUAAUUCUGGGCCUGGUGGUAAAUCAAAGUUUGGCCUUCCUCGUCCUGGAACAAGUGGUCUUGCAAAUGCUUUAAAUCAAUUAGAAAAAAAAGGCAAAACUAGUACAUUAGAAUUAAGUAAAUUAGAUUGGAUGAAUUACAAAAAAGAUCAAGGUAUUGAGGAAGAGUUGCAAACACACAAUAGAGGAAAAAACGGAUUUUUGGAACGACAAGACUUUUUGCAGCGGACUGAUCUAAGACAAUUUAAACGUGAACGUGAGAUCAGGCAAUCAAAAAGGAGUAGUCAGUAAACACAAAUCUCAAAAUUUCGUUUUAUACUUUUGCGAUAAAAAUUGACUUUCUUUUGAUUAAAAUUUUGGCAUUUAUCUGUA